CUGCUUGGAACACGUUCUCCGGGCCGCCCUCGACUCCGUUUCGCCCCCGUCGGCCUGCUCCUUGUCGCCUCCUGCCUCGCGAUGGUGAUUGCUGGCGAGCCGUGGCCAUCGCCAUCGCGCGCUGCCGCUGUGUCAGCGGUGAGCGGAAGGUCCCCGCCUGCGUCUGCCUCGCGUGUUGCUGCGCUGAAGCCACCAGUCCCACCUGCCCCGAAGCCAUCUCCCUCUACCGCUGGGGUCUCUCCGCCUCCGAACCCACGCCUCGUGACGAGCCCAGCUCCACCGUCGCCUCUGCCCGGUCCGUCUGCCCCUGUUGUCGAGUCGGGCCCUCCGCUUCCCGUCGAGGCUCCUGCUCCUGCUGUUCCGUCGGCUGCCCCUGCGAGCACUGUCGCACCGCCUGCUGUUGCCGAUCCUACUGCUGCUCCACCUGUCCCGGGGGUCCCUGUCUCAAUGCCCGCCGUCGUUGACCCUAUUGCACCUGCCGCGGCUGUUGCUUCGUCGCCGACGGCGGAGUCUGCGGUGGCCAUACAGACGGCUGUCCAAGUAGCUCCCGAUCCUGCUCCGCCUGUCGCCGCCUCCCCUGCUCAACGUCCGCCGUCUCCAGGCCGCCGACAGUCUCGGCCCCAUUCCCUUGCGCCUCGUGACGAGCGCGCGGCGUCGCGGCGGCGCCACGAUUCCCCUCGGCGCCGUGGUUCUCAAGCGAACUGGCUCGCGGCUCGCGGCGGUCGUGGUGGGUGGCGGGGAGGGCGCGGUCGUGGUGGCGGCUGGGCAUAUGAACAGCCCGUGACGAUGGCGGAACUGCAGCGCACCGUUUCUGCUGCGGUGCGUGAGGAGCGGAACGGGCAGGCGAGCCUGGGCAACUUGCCGCGUGUCGCUCCAACCCCCGCGCCUUCUCCUCAUGUUGCGCUUCCUGUUCCUGCCGUUCCGCCUCCGCUGGCAGCUGCUCCGCCUCCCCCUGCUCCAUGGACGAUGGCGCUCACAUGUACGUUCGAAGCGCAAGGAUCGGGCGCUUCCCUCACAUGUACGUUCGACGCACCCGCUUUCGCCCGUCGCACUCCCUUCCGCGCGCCGGCACUCCCUUCCGCCCGUCGCACUCCCUUACGCCCAUCGCCCUCCCUCCCACCGUCGUCCUACCUUAUGCCCGUCGCCCUCCCUAGCGCCCGUCGCACUCCCUUCCGCCAUCGCCCUCCCUUCCGCCCGUCGCCAGUCGCCAUGCCUUCCGCCCUUCGCCCUCCCUUCCGCCCGUCGCCCUCUCUUCUGCCCGUCACCCUCCCUUCGUCUCGUCACCCUCCCUUUCUCCCAUUGCCCUCCCGACCACCCGUCGCCCUACCUUCCCCUCGUCGCGCUCCCUUCCGCCCGUUGCCCCCCUUUGUCACGCCGCGCUCCCUGCUGCUCAUCGCCCUCCCGCUCUUCCCCUCGCAAUCCCCGUAUCUCUCUCCCCUCAUCGCCCGUCACUGUCGCCAUCCCUCCCUUCUCCCUUCCCAACUCGUUUGGAUCAGUCACGCCCCCUUUCCAACCCGCACACACCCGUUCCUUCCCCCAAUGAUCACCAUUCACCACCACACUGCUUACCUCUCUCAUUCCCCACAUCAUUUCCGGGCUCCCCACCGUUCUUCGGAUAGCUCUCUCCCCGGCAUCUCCCCCACUCCCCUCGUCCUGCUUCCCCCCAUCCUCUUCCCUGUUUCCCCUGGGUUUCCCGCGCUGCUUCCCCCCAUCCCCUUCCCUGCUUCCCCACAUCCCCUUCCCUGCUUCCCCCCAUCCCCUUCCCUUCUUCCCCCAUCCCUUUACCUGCUUCCUCCUAUCUCCUUCCCUACCUCCUCCCAUCCCUUCCCUUCUUCCCCCCAUCCCUUUACCUGCUUCCCCCCAUCCCCUUCCUUGCUUCCCCCCAUCCCCUUCCCUGCUUCCCCCCAUCCCCUUCCCUGCUUCCCCCCGUCCCCUUCCAUGCUUCCCCAUGUCCAAUUCCCUUCUUCCCCCCAUCCCCUUCCCUGCUUCCCCCCGUCCCCUUCCAUGCUUCCCCAUGUCCAAUUCCCUUCUUCCCCCCAUCCCCUUCCCUUUUCCCCCCAAUCCCCUUCCCUGCUUCCCCAUGUUCCUUUCCCUGCUUCCCCCCAUCCCCUUCCCUUCUUCCCCCCAUAUCUUUACUUGCUUCCCCCCAUCUCCUUCCCUGCUUCCUCCCAUCCCUUCCCUUCUUCCCCCCAUCCCAUUACCUGCUUCCCCCCAUCCCCUUCCCUGCUUCCCCCCAUCCCCUUCCCUUCUUCCCCCCAUCCCCUUCCCUGCUUCCCCCCAUCCCCUUCCCUGCUUCCCCAUGUCCCCUUCCCUGCUUCCCCCCAUCCCCUUCCCUGCUUCCCCCCAUCCCCUUCCUUGCUUCCCCCCAUCCCCUUCCCUGCUUCCCCCCAUCCCCUUCCCUGCUUCCCCCCGUCCCCUUCCAUGCUUCCCCAUGUCCAAUUCCCUUCUUCCCCCCAUCCCCUUCCCUUCUUCCCCCCAUAUCUUUACUUGCUUCCCCCCAUCUCCUUCCCUGCUUCCUCCCAUCCCUUCCCUUCUUCCCCCCAUCCCAUUACCUGCUUCCCCCCAUCCCCUUCCCUGCUUCCCCCCAUCCCCUUCCCUUCUUCCCCCCAUCCCCUUCCCUGCUUCCCCCCAUUCCCUUCCCUGCUUCCCCAUGUCCCCUUCCCUGCUUCCCCCCAUCCCCUUCCCUACGUCCCAACAUCCCUUUCCCUGCUUCCCCCCAUCCCCUUCCCUGCUUCCCCCCAUCCCUUUCCCUGCUUUCCCCCAUCCCCUUCCCUGCUUUCCCAUGUCCCUUUCUCUGCUUCCCCCCAUCCCGUUCCCUUCUUUCCCCCAUCCUUUUACCUGCUUCCCCGUGUCCCCUUCCCUGCUUCCCCGUGUCACCUUCCCUGCUUCCCCGUGUCCCCUUCCCUGCUUCCCCCCAUCCCAUUCCCUUCUUUCCCAUGUCCCUUUCCCUGCUUCCCCCCAUCCCCUUCCCUGCUUUCCCAUGUCCCUUUCCUUGCUUCCCCCCAUCUCCUUCCCUGCUUCCUCCCAUCCCCUUCCCUUCUUCCCCCCAUCCCUUUACCUGCUUCCCCCCAUCCCCUUCCCUGCUUUUCCAUGUCCCUUUCCCUGCUUCCCCCCACCCCCUUCCCUUCUUCCCCCCAUCCCUUUACCUGCUUCCCUGUGUCCCCUUCCCUGCUUCCCCGUGUCCCUUUCCCUGCUUCCCCCCACCCCCUUCCCUGCUUCCCCAUUUCCCUUUCCCAGCUUCCCCCCAUCCCCUUCCCUGCCUUCCCCCAUCCCCUUCCCUGCUUCACCAUGUCCCUUUCCCUGCUUCCCCCCAUCCCCUUCCCUGCUUACCCAUGUCCCUUUCCCUGCUUCCCCCCAUCCCCUUCCCUUCUUCCCCCCAUCCCUUUCCCUGCUUCCCCCCAUCCCCUUCCCUUCUCCCCCCCAUCCCUUUCCCUCCUUCCCCCCAUCCCCUUCCCUGCUUCCCCCCAUCCCUUUCCUUGCUUCCCCCGAUUCCCUUCCCUGCUUCCCCAUGUCCCUUUCCCUGCUUCCCCCCAUCCCCUUCCCUGCGUCCCCCCAUACCUUUCCUUGCUUCCCCCAAUCCCCUUCCCUGCUUCCCCCCAUCCCCUUCCCUGCUUCCCCCUAUCCCCCCUGCUUGCCCCCAUCCCCUUCCCUGCUUCCCCUCAUCCCCUUCCCUUCUUCCCCCCAUCCCUUUACCUGCUUUCCGGUGUCCCCUUCCCUGCUUCCCCGUGUCCCCUUCCCUGCUUUCCCAUGUCCCUUUCCCUGCUUCCCCGUGUCCCCUUCCCUGCUUCCCCAGAAAAAGUGGGAGCGGGGGUGGGGGCAGUGGGGAGCUGCGAGGAGGACGAGGAGGAGCAGCCACGCCUAGCGCUGGCGGCUUCCAUGGAGGGGCAUACAGAGGAAGAGGGGGCCGAGGCGGGAAGGUGGGCAAGGUGGGGAGCAAGGUGGGGACAUGGGCCCAUGCAGGGCAGCAGGGACGACGCCUCUCGUGCGGCAGAGGGUCAGGAGCAACAAGGGGCGUGGGCAGGAGGGGCAGCGGACGAGGAGGUUGAGUUACCAGAGGAGCGUGUAGUGCGCAUUCCAGCCUGCCGUCGCAUUGCCAUUCGUUGCCCGGAUGGCACUCGGCUGGAGUGUCGUUUCCGGGCCCAGGCACUCUCUCCAUGUGCUGUCCCAAUCCUUCAAAACAACCUGCUUGCCACCCAUCCCACGCCUCUGCACAGUCCUUCCUGCCAUGCUCAUUCCCUUGCUCUCCCACUCACUCCCUUGUUCUCCCACGCCCCACUCCCCAGUCCCCCAGAUGCUGGGAAGCAGAUCUACGACUGGACCCGUCCCGAGGUGAACCCCUCGGCGCACCCCUCGGUGCACCGCCACGUCGGUCACGGAGCAUCAGCAGCCCAUGGCACACUUCGGCGGGUUAUGCGAGAUAAGGCGCGCAGCUGGCAGAGCUGCGAGGCAGCCUUCUCUCGAGACUGCCUUCAACCUCCCCUGCUGCCCUAG